GAGACAGAGAGAAACACAAGGAGAGAUAUGGGAGUGCUCCCAACCUAGAACCCCUUCAAAACCCCAAAACCUCAUUCUCUCCACUCUUCACUCUCCACAGCAUUCAAAGAAACAAGCAUGGCCGUAAUCCAAACUCAUUUCACCUCCAAGCUCCCACAAUUUCCCAAGUCCAUUCUCAGCUCCGGCACUAACACCACAUUGUUUACCGGAAAAAACCCAACUUUGAAACCCAAAUUCGCUCAUUUCAUCCAUACAAAACCUCCAAGUUUAGUCAUCAGGGCCGCCGGAACUGAUCACUAUAAGACCCUCAACCUCAACAGAAAUGCAACCUUGAAGGAGAUAAAGACUUCUUACCGAAAGCUCGCUCCACAGUACCAUCCUGAUUUGAACAAGGACUCUGGAGCUGAGGAAAAGUUUAAAGAGGUUACUGCUGCAUAUGAGGUCCUGUCAGAUGAUGAGAAGAGAUCUGCAUAUGAUUGCUGCUCCGGUGAUGCAGGCGUUCAGGGAGGAAAUGGUUGUUCGACCAUGGGUUCAACAUGGAAGGUGAAUGUUAAGUUCAAUGGAAUGGAUGUGCACAUUGACCACACUGGAAGCCAGACUUAUGAAAUUCGGUUUGAAGAACCCAUUGUAAUCAACUAUUCAUUUGUUGAGACAUUUAAACCUUGUGGUGGAAGUGGAGCAGAAUCUAAAUCUAAGGUUGAUACUUGUGAUGCUGGUGGUGGGAGUGCUGGAGCUCAAUCUGAUAACUACACCAAAUCAUGUACUGGUUCUGAAGGAACAGGAGGGCUCGGCACUAUGAUGGCAAGGGUCGUGAAUGCUUUAAUCAUCAUGUGUUUGGGACUGGCAGCCAUUAGUCCAGGUUUUAGUCUUAACCUUUUGGUCUAUUCACAUUGGUACAAUAACUGCAGGCAAAAGAAGUUGCGUUGAGAGUACGAUUGCAAACAAUGUGAGUCAGGAGGUGGCAUACAAGUCUGGUACAUCUGCUAAUGAGUGAACUUCAACAAAAGGACCAGCGAAGGAAAUGAAGAUAGUUUUGUUUGCUACAUUCAAAUGGCAUGUUAAAAGGUUCGCGGAUGUUACACUGAUGCCUUAACAUAAAAAGAUUGUCUCUACACCAUAUUAGAAACUC